UGGUCAAAACAUGUUUUGGUGAAUACUAUUAUAUAUUUUGUGACUACGUCCCUACUACGUCCUUCUUAUCAGAGAUAACGAAAAAAUAAAUUCUCUGGAUCUAUAUUAUUAGUAUUGGCAUUGGCGUUUUAGGAUAUAAAUUAUUUCAACCUAAACGUUUUAGAAUGUAAAAUUUAGAUAUAUUUAACUGAAUUUGUGAUCUAUAAAAAAAUUAGAUACCUACCUAUUUCCAUUCAAAGUGUAAAUGUUUUUCAAUAUAUUUCAAACAGUUGUAUCACCUAAAUUUAUUUGUAAUACUGUUCUUAUUUUAUUAGUAAUAUCGUCUUGGUACUGUGCGUUCCUUAUAAAUAAUUACUAUAAACAAAUAUCUGAAAAGUUCGAUUAAGCUGAAAAAUGCCUUUUGCUGCUGAUGCUGUUGCAGCACAGCAAGUUCAAGACAGAUUAAAAUCACUUCAACAACUUGUUCAUGAAAUCGAAAAGAAAAGAAUCCAGAGCGAGCAGGGCAUUAACACUUUACAGAAAUAUGCUCAAGAUGAUAAGUCUGGACAGAGUUCACAAAAGUUAAAAUCUUUAUAUAAAACGGCAAUUUCUCAAGCUGAACAGGAAGAGGAGGUUAUCCGUAAAGCUUUGCAGAAAAUUACUGAGAUUCGUAAUAUAAAAAAUGAAAGGAGAAUUCAGGCUCGAAUUGCCUCUAAUAAAGAAUCAAUUAGAAGAGGUCCUUGGAUGAAAAUGUUGUCAAGUUCCGCUCAGACUUUGCCUUUGUACGUUAGUAAAAUUGGUGAAAAACCUCCUCCCCUAUGUGGAGCCGUUCCUGCUGACCCAAAUUAUGUUGCUAAAAUUGGUGAUAUGGUUGCAGCUUUGGUAAAAGUUUCCGAGACCAAUGGGGAAAAUUGGAUCUUAGCGGAAGUCGUAAGUUACAAUCAUGGUACAAGUAAGUACGAGGUAGAUGACAUACUUAAAGAACAGAAUCAGAAGGGUCGUCACAUCCUAAACAGACGGCAGGUCAUUCCUUUGCCUUUAAUGAGGGCCGACCCUGAAACAGAUCCUCAGGCUCUUUUUUCACAAGGAACUUUGGUUUUAGGUCUCUUCCCUCAAACAACCUGCUUCUACAAAGCCCUGGUCAACAAACCACCUCCAACACACAUGGACGAGUACGAGUUGCUGUUUGAAGAUUCUACAUACCCAGAGGGUUAUAGUCCCCCGCAUUACGUGGCCCAGCGAUAUGUUAUUGCCUUCAAACAGAAAACUAAACAGAGCACCAGUUGACAGUCUGCUUCAGACAGUAACUUGUCUGAUACAGAAGAAUGUUCUACUUCCUUUGCAGAUAUCCUUUAGAUUUAAAAGGAUGUUCGUUGUAUUUUCUGCCAUUUACACACAGUAAAGGAGAAUAUUUUUAAUUUUUCAUAAUUGUAGAGGAAUGAAAAAAUGAAAAAUUGAAAUUAUUUUUUAGUAAUGACUAGUUGAGAAUUUGUAUUUGGUUUUCCGUUUCAGUAAGAAGGAAAUUUAUAAUACACAGUUGACAUGUACAGUAUGAAUAGUAAUAAGAUUAAUGUUUGUUUCAUAUGUUAAUAGAAUAACAACUUUCUCUGUUGCAGCCCUAUAUGUUAAAGUAGUAAUAUAUUCUCCCCAUUUUCCUAGAAUAUUUCACACAAAUAAGACAUUUUUAUUUGAAAUAGUGAUAGAGAUAUUUGUAAGUCUGUUUUAAACAGAUCUAUGGGUAGAUAUAUAAUUUUCUUUAUUAAUGUAACAUAUUUUAUAACUUAAUUAUAAUAUCCUACUUUGGGUAGUAACCAGCUUAUAAUGGCUUUGUUUGCUAUUUUCUAAUUUUUUUUGUAAUAUUUUUACUCAAUAAAUACAUAUGUAUAAAUCUA